AUGCGGGACCCGCGGGGCGCCGUCAGUUCCUGCAGCAGCAGCCGCCGCCGCCCUGCAGCAGCAGCCGCCGCCAGGCCUACAGCAGCAGCCGCCGCCAGGGUCUGCAGCAGCAGCCGCCGCCAGAGCCUGCUGCAGCAGGCGCCGCCAGGGUCUUCAGCAGCAGCCGCCGCCAGGGUCUGCAGCAGCAGCCGCCGCCAGAGCCUGCAGCAGCAGCCGCCGCCAGAGCCUGCAGCAGCAGCCGCCGCCAAAGUCUACAGCAGCAGCCGCCGCCAGAGUCUGCAGCAGCAGCCGCCGCCAGACCUGCAGCAGCUGCCGCCACCGACCCAGCAGCAGCAGCCGCCGCUCUAUCAGCAGCAGCAGCCGCCGCUGCUCUGCCGCAGCAGCUACCGCCGCCCAGCUGCAGGUGCCGCCCCUGGACCCCAGAAGCCGCCCCUGGACCCGGUACGCCUUGUGCUGCCCGUGCCUGUGCUGCCCGUGCCUGUGCUGCCCAUGCCUGUGCUGCCCGUGCCUGUGCUGCCUGUGCCUGUUGCUGCCCGUGCCUGUUGCUGCCCGUGCCUGUGCUGCCCGUGCCUGUGCUGCCCGUGCCUGUGCUGCCCGUGCCUGUUGCUGCCCGUGCCUGUGCUGCCCGUGCCUGUUGCUGCCCGUGCCUGUGCUGCCCGUGCCUGUGCUGCCCGUGCCUGUGCUGCCCGUGCCUGUGCUGCCCGUGCCUGUUGCUGCCCGUGUCUGUGCUGCCCGUGCCUGUGCUGCCCGUGCUUGUGCUGCCCGUGCCUGUUGCUGCCCGUGCCUGUGCUGCCCGUGCCUGUGCUGCCCGUGCCUGUGCUGCCCGUGCCUGUUGCUGCCCGUGCCUGUGCUGCCCGUGCCUGUGCUGCCCGUGCCUGUGCUGCCCAUGCCUGUGCUGCCUGUGCCUGUUGCUGCCCGUGCCUGUGCUGCCCGUGCCUGUGCUGCCCGUGCCUGUUGCUGCCCGUGCCUGUGCUGCCCGUGCCUGUUGCUGCCCGUGCCUGUGCUGCCCGUGCCUGUGCUGCCCGUGCCUGUGCUGCCCGUGCCCGUGCUGCCCGUGCCUGUUGCUGCCCGUGCCUGUGCUGCCCGUGCCUGUGCUGCCCGUGCCUGUGCUGCCCGUGCCUGUGCUGCCUGUGCCUGUUGCUGCCCGUGCCUGUGCUGCCCGUGCCUGUGCUGCCCGUGCCUGUGCUGCCCGUGCCUGUGCUGCCCGUGCCUGUUGCUGCCCGUGUCUCGUGCUCGCGCCCCCGUGCGCUCUGCUACUGGGUGUAG